AUGUCUAGUCAGAUGGGUACUGCGGAUUCUCAGGGGUCUCCGUCCGAUCAUUCUUCCAUUACAAGCUCUCCGUCUGAUCCUUCUUUCCUAACAAGGUCUCCGUCUGAUCAUUCUUCCAUUACAAGAUCUCCGUCUGAUCCUUCUUCCAUUACAAGCUCUCCGUCUGAUCAUUCUUCCAUUACAAGCUCUCCGUCUGAUCCUUCUUUCCUAACAAGGUCUCCGUCUGACCAUUCUUCCAUUACAAGCUCUCCGUCUGAUCAUUCUCCCAUUACAAGCUCUCCGUCGAAUCAUUUUUCCAUUACAAGCUCUCCGUCUGAUCAUUCUUCCAUUACAAGGUCUCCUUUGGAUCAUCUUCCAUUACAAGCUCUCCGGCUGAUCAUUCCUCCAUUACAAACUCUCCGUCUGAUCAUUCUUCCAUUACAAGCUCUCCGUCUGAUCAUUCUUCCACUACAAGCUCUCCGUCUGAUCAUUCUUCCAUUAAAAACUCUCCGUCUGAUCAUUCCUCCAUUACAAACUCUCCGUCUGAUCAUUCUUCCAUUACAAGCUCUCCGUCUGAUCAUUCUUCCAUUACAAGCUCUCCGUCUGAUCAUUCUUCCAUUAAAAGCUCUUCGUCUGAUCAUUCUUCCAUUAAAAGCUCUCCGUCUGAUCAUUCUUCCAAUACAAGCUCUCCCUCUGAUCAUUCUUCCAUUACAUGCUCUCCAUCUGAUCAUUCUUCCAAUACAAGCUCUCCGUCUGGUCCUUCUUCUAUUUUAA